GACGCCAUGGAACUAUACAUAAACAACUGUUUAAAGGCUGCCGCAGUCGCUGCCGCCAAAGUAAUUGCAAGUAACAUGAGGAAGGAAGAAGAUACUCAUGGCGCGGGCAACCCUAAGCUUCCCAUCCCAGGGACUGGAGCGGUUAAUUUGUCGGAGAAGCCCCUCGGAACCAAGCUUCCCGCUAUCCCUGGAAGUAGCAACGUACGCAAUACAACUGAUCUUCAUGAAAAGCAUUAUAGUCCUUACCGUUUCAAUCUUAACAAGCCACGUUGCCAGCACCUGGACACGUCCUAUAAAAGUCUGAAUGAUCCACACUUUAAAAAGCACUAUGGGCAAAAAGACAUCAAGAGAACUGUGAAGAAGGGUGGCUACAGCACAGGCAAAAAUAAAGAACAUGUAGAAAAACGAAUAAAUCGCACACAUGAACAUCGUUACCGUGAAGACAUUGAUACCCAAUUCCAGCAACAGUUGUUGAUGCAAGGGGCAAAAAGAUCUCCCGAACAAGAUCAGUUCUUAAGACACAGAUAUUUAGAGAUGAUUGAAAAGGAAUUGGAGAAAAUGGAAAGCUGUGCUGGUAGACGAAAUAGAAUACCAAUGAAAGGAAGACAUCGGAGCCACAUCAGAAGACAACUUGACCUACGGACACCCAUUGACAAGGACUGGAAAUCCAGGGAGCUAGCACUGCUAAUGAAGAUCAUGGAGAACGUUGGAAGGGAAGCAAGGGUUAAAGAACAUCAUCGUCACAUCAGAGAAGAAAUGGACCGAAAGCAACAAGACAUGCUACAUAAAAGAAUUGUUUAUCAUUUACAAAAGAUGCAGAUCAUUCCCAGUGAAGAGAAAACACCAGAAAAAGGAACAGACCAUGGGAGCAAGAAGAAAGCCAGUUUGAUGAGCCAGACAAAAGAACCUCCAGAACAAAAACGUCUUUCAUCUACUAAGCCAAGAGUAUCUUUGAAGGAAGAUCAGUCAACUGAGGAACAUCAGGAAGGAAAACGUGCUUCAUCCACCACACCAAGAACAUCUUUGACUGAGGACCAAUCAACUGAGGAACAUCAGGAACGAAAAGGUUCUUCAUCAGUUGCAAAGAAAACAAGUUUGGGUGAAGAUCAAUUAUAUGAAGACAUUUAUCCAAAAUAUACUCCACAAGUCGUCAAGAAAAAAAGUGUGGCAGAUGACCAGCAGUAUGAAGAAGUGGAUACAAAAUAUUUUCAGCCAACCAUAAAGAAAACCAGUUUUAUGGAUGAAAUACCAUGGCCAAAACGUCUAGACCAAAAACGUAAUUCAUCAUCCGCAAAGAAAAAAAGUUUGGCUGAAGAUGAGUUGUAUGAAGAAGUGAAUCCAAAAUCUUUUUAUCAGUCCAUGAAGAAAACCAGUGGUGUUGAUGAAGUAUUGUUGCCAGAUUCUCUACAACAGAAGCGUACUUCUUCCAUCUCAAAGAAAAAAAGCUUGGCAGAGUAUCGUUUGUAUGAAGACCUGGAUCCACAAUCUCUUCAGUCAAGGAAGAUAGUCAACUUUGUUGCUGCGCCAUUCCCAAAACAGCUACAACACAAAUGUGCUUCAUCCACCACACCAAGAACAUCUUUGACUGAGGACCAGUCAGCUGAGGAACAUCAAGAACCAAAACAUUAUUCCCCAAGUACUAAAAGAACAAGUUUCCCUGGUGACAAACUGACUCAAGAACAUCUGGAACAAAAACAAUCAAUUCAGUAUUUUCAUGGUGAUAAAAUUUCUGCUAAUAUUUCAACCACCUUACCACCUCAACUGAGGAAUGUACAAACUAUGACAGAACAACAGGAAGAUAAAGAAAUAGCAGGGACGUCAAAUCUGUCAUAUAACAGCCGAAUCAGAAGUAUUCCAUUUAAUGUUCUUCCUACUUCUGCGAGAAGAACAGAAGUUCCCAGGCAUUCUCUUCUAGAUAUUACUAAGCCAGAGAUUACACAUGGUAGCUUCAAUGGGAAGAAGACCAAGAAAUCAAGUUUGAAAAGAGAGUCAGUUCAGGGAAUUUGCUGUUCUUGGGAUUCACCAAACAAACAACGGAUCUACUAUGAAGACUGCCCUCAAAAAGUAACUUCUGAAGCACCGAGAAGUAGUAUUCAUGAUACAUGGGCCAUAGCGUCUAAUACUAGCAGCAAUAUAUACUGCUUAUCUACCAGCUCCUAUACAUCCACAACCAGUUCUAGAUGCUAUAGUUCAGGCAAUGAAGAACAGAUGUAUAAUUCAAAAGAAAAGGAAAAGACCAAUAGGACAUCCAUCAGCCAGUCAAUGGAGCCACCAGCCACAUCAUCAGGGAAAAGAGAUUCAUCCACUACAACAAAAAAAGGAGAACCAGUUCACAUUGUAUAUGAAUGAACAACUUAAUAUAAAUCCAUUACAGACAUCAAGCAAUUGUCCAAGCUUAGAACUUGACACAGCUGAGGAAGAAUAUCUAAUGGAUGCCAGAAGCAAGACAUUUUAACAUUAGCUUAAUAACUCAUAAUGACAAAACAGAAGCAGAACAUAAAAUAGGACAAGUAUAACAUCGAAUGAAGAAGUCAUUUUACUAGUACUGAUAAAGAUCAGAUUCUCCAUCGAGUGCUAAAAUUAGAGAAGAAAGUCUUGCAGAUUUAGAUCUAGACUAAUAUAAUAUAGAGUUUACAACCCUGUUUCAAUGUGAAAGUCUUAGAUGUAACUUUUCCAAGUUAUGUUGCAGACCCUGUGGCAACUCUUUUCAGAUGCGCCUGAAGUGAGAACGAAGGAAUCACCACUUCUGUCAAGAGAGCUGUUAAGAUCAAAUUCUGACCAAAACAAAAAAAAAACAACACUUUGAUGUCUGAC